AUGCGCAGGCGCGGGGAUUCUUAUGUGAACGCCACUCAAAUAUUGAAGGUAGCUGGUGUAGACAAGGGGCGGCGCACAAAGAUCCUGGAAAAAGAGAUUCUGCCCGGUAAGCAUGAAAUCGUUCAGGGUGGCUAUGGCAAGUACCAGGGCACAUGUAACUAUGUACACUCCGGUUUGGCCCCUCCUCCCAUCAUGCCCGGCUCCGCUCUUCGACUUCUAAAUCAAGGCCGCGCUCAAGGCCUAUUCACACCAUCUACGUCCAGCCUUGCGCCACAGCGAUCAGCUGUAUAUUCAUCUACUCUAUCAGGAGGAUAUGCACAGUCUCCCCUGUCCGGUGUUUCCCCAACGCCUCCUCCGAGUCAACAAUCUCUAAAAAGGGCUCGCUCUGACACUGAAGUGGACUUCUUAUCUACACAACCAGGAUCCCGUAUGCGAGGAGCUUCCCCUCCAGCGUCAAAUGGCAUUUCUAGGCCUGCUAGCACUGUUUCAGGAUCGGCAAAUGGAAAGCCUGUGAAUGGAACAGAACAUGAAAGUGUUCGCUUUGCUUCAAAACCUUCAUUAUUUCGCACUGGUGACCCUUCAGCUCCUCUUCGUGACGUGCGACGUGCAGCAAUUGUAGCUUCAAUAUAUCAGCGCGAUGAUCCUGGUGCUGUGUUGAACAUGCUUCGUGAAGCCUCUUCGGAUAAUUCUUCGGGACAUGCGGAUAUCGACAUCGUACUUGACGACCAGGGACAUACCGCCCUCCACCUAGCAGCUAGUAUGGCUCGUCUGCAAACGAUAGAAUCAUUAAUUAACAGUGGCGCGGAUGUUCAACGCGGAAAUUAUUCCGGGGAGACACCUCUCAUUCGCGCUUGUAUAGACACACACAACGCUGACCAGCAGUCCUUCCAUGCUCUUGUCGCAGCACUUCAUCCAUCUAUUCGUACCCUUGACACGUCUCGAAAAUCUGUACUUCAUCACAUCAUGAGUGUCGCGGGCAUACAAGGACGUAUUGUCUGCGCCCGUUACUACCUUGACCAAAUAUUCUAUUGGAUAGCUAAUAAUCAAGGCGGAGACUUUAGAUCACUUGUAGAUUUGCAGGACGAACAUGGUGAUACAGCAUUGAAUAUCGCUGCAAGGGUCGGAAGCAGAAGUUUGGUAAGAACUCUGUUGGAUGUCGGUGCUAAUCGCAUACUACCCAACAAACUGGGUUUACGGCCUGGAGAUUUUGGAGUUGAAGUUGAGGAACUCAGUGGAGGUCCUCGUGCCGAGGAUCUGUUAUCUUCGUUGAGGACUGGACCCUCGCCCCCAGUGCAAAAAAGUCAGGAUAUUAUAUCUGACAUGACGGCGAUGAUACAAGGUCUCAGUGCAGACUUUUCUACUGAGAUCAAAACAAAGCAAGAUUCGCUCGACGUCACCCAAGCCCAUCUUCGUGCAGCCACAAGGGAGUUGUCUGAGCAGCGCAAACAGAUUCAGCUUUGGCAGAGUCGUUGUGGCGAGCUCGACCAAGUGCAACAGCGCAUACGCAAUUUGGAGAAGGCUUUAUCUGAUGAGGAUAAUUUUGAUUGGACUGGCCGGACUGAUCUUUCUGGGAAGAAUGCCCGCGAGUCGGCAGGCCCUGCAUUCCAAUGGAGAGGGCACAGCUCAACUAUGACCGGUGUUGGAGGUUCUGUUGAUGUUUCAUUUAGCGUGGAAACAGAACCCCCUAUACCAACCACGGAUUCCGUCGCAAGUUUAGUACGACUACGACGCCUGAAGAUAUGGCAUCUGCGGAUGCAGGAACUGAUGCAGGCAAGGCUCAAGUCGUUGCAAGGUGCAAGUGCAGAGAAAGAAUAUCAAUGUAAGAAGAUUGUCGCGCUGUGUACAGGAGUUCCUAUCGACAAAGUGGAGGAUAUGCUGGAAAAUCUGGUCAUUGCAGUGGAGAGCGAGGCUCAAGUUGUAGAUAUUGGGAGAGUUUCUGGUUUUAUGCAGAAGGUGCGCCAAUCUCUCGUUCGAUCUCGAUGA